GGUAAGGUUACAUGUCUUUUGACAGUUUGGAUUUUGACGGUCAUUGAUAGUUUUAGUCUUUAGACAUUGUUAUUUGUUGCUGAGUGCUGACAGCUGUGGACAAGCAAGUCGUUUUAUUUUCAUUAUUCUGAUUCGAAGCAAUUGAAGUCUAUUUCCAAAGAAAUAUCCUGUCAAUAAUGAAAAUUAAUAGUAAAACUAAAAUUGUUAGUCAAAACAUUAUUUUAGUACCAUAUACUAAGAAACAUGUACCAAAGUAUCACGAAUGGAUGAAAUCUGAGGAAUUACAAUUAUUAACUGCAUCUGAACCACUUACAUUAGAACAAGAAUAUGAUAUGCAAAACUUAUGGCAAGAAGAUAAAGACAAAUGCACUUUUAUAAUACUUGAUAAGCAAAAAUAUGAAGUGGACAAUAAUGAGAUAGAUGCCAUGAUAGGCGAUACAAAUAUUUUUGUCAAGGAUCUUGCUCUAGGAGAAAUUGAAAUAAUGAUUGCAGAAGAAACUGCUAGAGGUAAAAAGUUUGGCUGGGAAGCUGUUAUACUGAUGUUAAUAUAUGGCAUUGAUUUUAUUGAAUUAAAAAAAUAUGAAGCAAAAAUUUCAUGGUCAAAUGAGAGAAGUAUAAAUAUGUUUACUAAACUAGGAUUUAAAGAGGAGUCUCGAAGUACCAUAUUUAAUGAAAUUACUUUUGCUAAAUCUGUUACAAAUGAAUGGUGUGUAUCACUAAAAGAUAAUUUUGAGUAUGAAAUAAAGAAUUAUGUUGAUUAAGACUUA